GCGGCGGCGGCGGCGGCGGCGGCGGCGGCCGAGCGGCGCGCGGGCGGCGGGAGCGGGGCCACCGGCAUGGACGUCUCGGGGCAGGAGACCGACUGGCGGAGCGCCGCCUUCCGGCAGAAGCUGGUCAGCCAAAUUCCUCAUCAGAGGUGCGGUGUGUGGGCUGGAGCCCCUGAUGUAAAGUAGACAGAACGCCUGGCUUUGCCCUGGGGGCCACCGUGGGCCCUUCACCCCCAUCGGGCUGCUGUGGGAACUCCUGCCGGGUGCUCGCGGUUGGAAUUCAGGCACCAGGCCAUUCGGGUCCACCCGAGGGUGGGGCCGGGCUCAGGGGCCCUCACCAGGCUCCCGUAGUGUUUCUUGAGUAAAGCCCACCCACUGCAGCGAGCGGCCAGAGGACACGCAUUGCUGUGAAAAUGCCUGCCAGCCACCCAGACUGCAUGCCGAACAGGCCCUGUGCUUCAGCGGGUGCAGCCCCUGCCCCACUCUCCUGGCUUGCUGGCCGUGGAGACGUUUGUUCUAGAACUUCCUGUUGUUGGAAUCCUGCGCUGUGCAACCCUGGGUCGCGCUCUUGGUUCAGCACCACGUGUGUGACGUCCUCAGCGACAGGUUCUUAUUGACGCCGUUAUUUCACGGCGUCACACCCCACCCCCACCCCCUGGACUUUGCUGUCGUGUGCUUGACGGGCGUUGGGGUGAGUUCCAGUCUCGGCGGAGUGAACCCUGCGCCGGGGCGCUUCGGGCCCUGUCUCCUGUGGGGCCGGCACUCGCUCUGGGCUCUGCCCCCAGCGCUGGUGCCUUCCGCACCCUCUGGAAAAUGGUCUUCCCCGGUGGUACUCGUGGACAUUCCCACCAGCCACGCGGGGGAGCUGCCCUUGUUGGACAUCUUUGACAGCACCGAGGGUCGUCCAGGAAGCCGGACUCACGUUGAGACCCACCAGGUGCAGCGACAGUGGGAGUGGAGCGGCUGGCUCAGGAGGGAGAGAGCUGUCGGAAGAGAAGGAAGCUGCAGGAUGGGGGUGACCGUGUGAGGGAGCGAGGACGCCAUGAGGAAGGCUGGCGUGGCCCACAGUAAAUCCAGCAAGGACAUGGAGAGCCACGUGUUCCUCAAGGCCAAGACCCGGGACGAGUACCUUUCUCUCGUGGCCAGGCUCAUCAUCCAUUUUCGAGACAUCCAUAACAAGAAAUCUCAAGCUUCUGUGAGUGACCCUAUGAACGCGCUGCAGAGCCUGACUGGCGGGCCCGCCGCGGGAGCAGCCGGCAUCGGCCUGCCUGCUCGGGGCCCGGGCCAGCCCCUGAGCGGGAUGGGCGGCCUGGGGGCCAUGGGGCAGCCGAUGCCGCUCUCGGGGCAGCCGCCCCCCGGCCCCUCGGGGAUGGCCCCCCACGGCAUGACUGUCGUGUCCACGGCCACUCCACAGACCCAGCUGCAGCUCCAGCAGGUGGCGCUGCAGCAGCAGCAGUUCCAGGCGCAGCAGCAGGCGGCGCUGCAGCAGCAGCAGCAGCAGUUCCAGGCGCAGCAGAGCGCCAUGCAGCAGCAGUUCCAGGCCGCCGUGCAGCAGCAGCAGCAGCUCCAGCAGCAGCAGCAGCAGCAGCACCUGAUCAAGCUGCACCACCAGAACCAGCAGCAGAUGCAGCAGCAGCAGCAGCAGCAGCUCCAGCGGAUGGCGCAGCUGCAGCUCCAGCAGCAGCAGCAACAGCAGCAGCAGCAGGCUCUGCAGGCCCAGCCCCCGAUGCCGCAGCCGCAGCCCCCGCCCGCACAGGCCCUGCCCCCGCAGCUGCAGCAGCUGCACCACCCGCCACACCACCAGCCCCCGCCGCAGCCCCCGCCGCCCGUGGCCCAGAACCCACCGCCGCAGCUCCCGCCGCAGACGCAGACGCAGCCGUUGGGGUCGCAGGCCCCGGCCCUGCCCGCGCAGAUGCUGUACCCGCAGCCGCAGCUGAAGCUCGUCCGGGCCCCGAUGGUGGUGCAGCAGCCACAGGUGCAGCCCCAGGUGCCGCCGCAGACAGCAGUGCCGACGGCGCAGGCCUCCCAGGUCGUGGGUCCCGGAGUCCAGGUCAGCCAGAGCGGCCUCCCCAUGCUGUCGUCGCCGUCGCCGGGCCAGCAAGUGCAGACCCCGCAGUCGAUGCCCCCGCCCCCCCAGCCGUCCCCGCAGCCCGGCCCGCCCAGCUCGCAGCCCAACUCCAACGUCAGCUCCGGCCCCGCGCCGUCGCCUGGCGGCUUCCUGCCCAGCCCCUCGCCGCAGCCCUCUCAGAGCCCGGUGACAGCGCGCACCCCGCAGAACUUCAGCGUCCCCUCCCCAGGACCCCUGAACACCCCCGUGAACCCCAGCUCCGUGAUGAGCCCCGCGGGCUCCAGCCAGGCCGAGGAGCAGCAGUACCUGGAGAAGCUGAAGCAGCUCUCCAAGUACAUCGAGCCCCUGCGCCGCAUGAUAAACAAGAUCGACAAGAACGAAGACAGAAAAAAGGACCUGAGUAAGAUGAAGAGCCUUCUGGACAUUCUGACAGACCCUUCCAAGCGGUGCCCCCUGAAGACGCUGCAGAAGUGUGAGAUCGCCCUGGAGAAACUCAAGAACGACAUGGCGGUGCCCACGCCCCCGCCGCCCCCGGUGCCGCCCACCAAGCAGCAGUACCUGUGCCAGCCGCUCCUGGAUGCCGUGCUGGCCAACAUCCGCUCCCCCGUCUUCAACCACUCCCUGUACCGCACGUUCGUGCCGGCCGUGACGGCCAUCCACGGCCCCCCCGUCACGUGCGUACCGCCCAGGGCUCAGCGGGCGGCGGGGCCCGGGCCGGGGCCUGGCCGGGGUGGUCAGCACGCGGCCUCUUCCAGGGCCCCGGCGGUGUGCGCCCGGAAGCGUAGGUUUGAAGAGGACGACCGGCAGACCAUCCCCAACGUGCUGCAGGGGGAGGUGGCCCGGUUGGAUCCUAAGUUCCUGGUGAACUUGGACCCUUCUCACUGCAGCAACAACGGCACCGUCCACCUGAUAUGCAAGCUAGAUGACAAGGACCUCCCGAGCGUGCCACCGCUGGAGCUCAGCGUGCCUGCGGACUACCCCGCCCAGAGCCCGCUGUGGAUCGACCGGCAGUGGCAGUACGACGCUAACCCCUUCCUGCAGUCGGUGCGCCGGUGCAUGACCUCCCGGCUGCUGCAGCUGCCCGACAAGCACUCGGUCACGGCCCUGCUCAACACCUGGGCCCAGAGCAUCCACCAGGCCUGCCUCUCGGCUGCCUAGCCGCCACCGCCGCGUCACUGGCCGCCCGCGCUCCAGGCCCGUGGGGCAGCCGGCAGCCUCACGGGGCCCCAUGUCGGACAUUUCUAGAUGCUGGCUUCCGUAGAGAGCCUGGGCUUAGGUUAGCUUUCCUGCUUUUCUCUUCUGCCUUGGGGACCCACCAAACAUUUCUUGCACUUGGACAGGACUGGGACAGGCGGCUGGCUGCUUCCUCCAGGAGCCGGACACGCCCCCGGCCCUGCACUCCUCGGGUUGCUGUCCCCGUAGCCUUUGCAGGGCCCGUGUCCUUCCUUGGGAACGCAGGGUCCUGUGUGAGCCUCUCGCGUGCGCGCCAGGAAACCUUGCUACCGUUUCCACAGGGGAACCUGCAGGACCUAGGAAAUCCUUCACACAUGCAGGGUUCCUUGAUCACGGUUCUGGGUUCCGGUCGUGGCACCGUUGACAUUGGGGCCCGUGGCAGGGGCGCUGGCUGCAGCUCGACGGGGGGGGGUCGGCCUGUGGCUGCGGGGCCCCGGCCAGCACCUGGGCCGCAUACCUCAUGACCCUUCCCCUCCUAGUCCUGGAGCUGCUCGGCACCGGGGCCCCUGGGGCAGGGGCUCCGGGCCCGCGGGUCAGGCACCCAGGCCCACUCAGGUCAGGAUGCCGUCCUCGGGACCCAGGGCCUCGAGAGCCCUCCAGGGGCUGAGGGCUCCUGACGGGGUGCCGGCCAGCCGGCCCUCCGGCUGCAAGAGGCUCCCCCUUUUGUAUGUGCAUUACCGUGUCUUCUGUGGUUCUUAUAAUAAAUUUAUUAUUCCUGUGUU